CGAGAGGAAGAGGAAGCGGAUCUGGGAGUGGAGUGCCCCGCGUGCCGCUCCUGGCACCGCCUCCGGCGCCAUGGGCGUCCAGGGGCUGACGGGAUUCGUGGAGGAGCGCGGCGUGUUCUUCACCGAGCUGCGGGUGCGGGACACCAAGCUGGUCAUCGACGGCAGCAGCCUCUACCACCGCCUCUGCUUCGCCCCCGCCGCCGACUUCCGGCGCGGCGGCGACUACGGCGCCUUCGCCGCGGCCGUGCGCGACUUCUUCGGCACCCUGCGGUCCUGCCGCGUGGCCCCGUUCGUGGUGCUGGACGGCGGGCGCGGCGCCGAGGACAGGAAGCUGCCCACGCUGCGGGGCCGCGCCGCCGAGCAGCUGCGGGCGGCGCACGGGCUGUCCCGCGGGGCCGGCGGCUGCCUGGCGCCGCUGCUCACCCGCGAAGCCUUCGUGCAGGCGCUGGGCCGGCUCGGCGUGCCCUUCGUGCAGUGCUUCGCCGAGGCCGACCGGGAGAUCGCCGCGCUGGCCAACAGCUGGGGCUGCCCCGUCCUCUCCCUCGACAGCGACUUCUGCGUCUUCGACCUGGCGGGCGGGUACUGCCCGCUGUCCCACUUCCAGUGGGAGAGCGUGCGCGCCGCGGACGGGCCGCAGGGAUGCUACGUGCCCGCGCGAUGCUUCUCCGUGGAGCGGUUCUGCAGGCACUUCGGCCGCCUGAACAAGAGCCUGCUCCCGCUCUUCGCCGUCAUGAACGGGAACGACUACGUGGGCCUGGCAGCCCUGGAGGCGUUCUUCAGCAAGGUGCGCCUGCCCAGGGGCUGCGCGGCGGGGAAGGGCGGGAGGCACCUCCGCCUCCAGGGGCUCCUGAACUGGCUGGCGCAGUUCGCGGAGCCCACCGAGGCCGUCGAGAACGUGCUGAAGUACCUUAAGAAACAUCAGAGGGAAGAAAUAAGGGAGCUUCUGUGCACUUCAAUGGAGGAUUACGCUCCGUCUGAUGUGAAUCUUGAGGACUUCUUUCAGAAUGGAAGGUAUGAAUGCGAAGCUGCGAGGAAAGCAGACGUACCACAGUGGGUGCUUGAUGCUUUGGCUAAAGGUAAGCUGGCCCCAUUCAUCAUCAAUGCACUGAUACUAAGAAGCACCAUCCUACGCGUUCAGGUGGAGAACAUGCAGAGACCGAGCGCUCACAGCGCAUCUUUGCCCAUCCGACAAGUUAUCUAUGGACUGCUCCUGGGGGUAUCUCAAAAUACUGAAGCUGCUUCUCCAAGUAAGCAGACCCAGGAGCUGCCCGUUGUAUGUGAAUUUGACAGAUGCCAAAAGACAAUUAAAAAAACAUUUGUUCAAGCAGCAAGCCCACCCACAGAUUUUUGUGAUGAUCGUUUUCCUUUGGACAAAUUAAUGGAGAUGUCCAUGUCAUGCCGUCAGAUGCUUUUGCUGGAGACUCUAGGAGUGAAAAUGAGCUUCCUAGAAUCUAUCCCAAGUCACUUACAACUCCCUGUUGCUGUAACGUGUUACUGGAUACGUUGUUCAGAACCAAAAGUUAAGUUGCAUCAAUUAAAGGCGCUACUUCUAACGAUAGUAUCUGGAGAACUGCACAGGAUAAAUGAUGAUCCAGUUUUAUGUGCUGAAGACGACAGUAUUGCAUAUAACGAAUUUCUAAAAUGGAAGGAAAAGAAACUGCAAAAUAACGACUUUGAUUUAGACGCCGCACACAAUUUUUGCCAGUGGCAAUGCUGUCUUCAGAUGGGAUUGUAUCUCAACCAGCUACUUUGCACUCCUCUCUCUGAGCCAGACCUAAGUAGGCUUUACACUGGGAUCCUUGUGCACAGACUGUAUCAGGAGCUUAAAUCAACACCUUCAGUGGAAAAUCUGUUUAUUUUAUCUCAAAAAAUGACUCAGCUUUAUCUGCUUUUGCUAAAUACAGUGGAGGCAACUGUAUCUCCAGAAUUCUUUCAGAAAACGACCAAGACUAGAUCAGACUCCUGUAAAAAGAAGAAAGCAUCUAUUAAGAAAAAAACAGCCAAGUGUGCAAUGCCAGAAAAUCUGCAUUUUUGCAGUGUUAAUAGGUUUGCAUCACUGGAAGUGGAUGACUGAAAGCAUUACUCCUGGAACAAAUUCUAAUGCCAUACUGAUGAAAGAAAUUACAUUACAAUAUAUAACCAUA